AUGAGACCAGGUGUCGCUGACGAGAGCGCCAAGGUGAAGCCAACACUAGUAGGAGAGCUCGCUGUUGACUUCGAGGUGGACUUGGAAGAGGACUCAGACCUCGGCGAUGCUCUCUAUGAAUACUUGGGCCUUGAAGGGGACGAGGGGGCCGCGGCUGAGGCAAAAGGAUUUAGGUUACUUAACGAUGGUUACACGCAACUCCUUCGCAAGCUAGACCCUCAGGAGAGCUCCGUGGUCGCCUCGACAGACUCUGAAUCUGACUUCCCUGUGGAAUGGAUCGACUUGUACGCGGCAGCUUAUCUCAGGCUAGGCCCCUUACUCAAGGCUGGACGCUUUCAUUGCUCAGCUGGAGGGGCCUUCCUCAGGGCUGUUGCAGUGGUGUCACCGCCUAGGACAGACAUUCUGGUCACUCGUAUAAGGCGAGUGCAUCUACUGCACUCGUUGGCCGCACUAGAGGGGCGUAGAGUCAGUUCACCUCCUACCAAUGAGCCCGACAAGGGACCCUCGACAGAGUCCAUACUAGAGGACAGCCCCGCCCCGACCGGCUCAUCUCCUCGGAGUGUGGUGGAUGCUGGUCCCUCUAUAACUCGUCCCACUUCGGUAUCUUCCCUCGUGUCGUCUGACUCGGUAGCAGAGGACCCCUCUGAGGGCGAUGGGGAGGAGGAGGUGGCCUCGCUGAGCUACUCUGUGACAGAGUACGAGUCGCCCCGCUUGAAGUGGAGUCGUAGCCCAGAUCAGGGGACUAAACUGAACGAGUUUGAGAAGGGGGAGGAGUUUGGCGGCGAUCAGGGGGAAGGCAGUACUGAAGAGCCCUCCCGCCUCAGAGGUGUUAUCCCUCCCCCGGUCCGACCCUAUUCAGUGAGGCCCGGCAAAGACGAAGACGACGACAUGGGGUUGUCGGAUGUGAUACAAGACGGUCGUUAUGGAGAGGGCGAGACACUAAUCACGACAGUCAGGGACUCCACUCCAAACGGUUCUGAGGAGCUCGAGACGGCGCUUAAGAAGAAGAGGAAAGCCCUUAGACUGGAUGACCCCGAUGCCGGUCUGCGCAUAGACGCCCAAGUGGCCCAGUCGCGAUCCAAAGUUAUUACCGGCCGGCCAUCCUUCUUCCCAGAGCUGCGGGCUAGGGUGUCUGAAAUGCAGCAGAGGAUGGAGGCCCUGAGGUCCUCCCCUGAUGAGGCUUCCAAACUUGCCCCCGGGACCGGCGACCUCGAGGAGACUAUAGCUAGGUCCUUAGUGUGGGAUGGGAUGGACCCGGUAGAGGCGCGGAUGGUGGCUCGGAAGGUCGAUAAGAAGAGGGUAGGUCUGUUGGGGUGCGAUACUGUGGUGAACAAGAACGCAUUCGAGACUUAA